AUGGCACCACCCACGGACUUCCUCGAAAACAGCAUGGGCUCACGUCUUUUGUCGCUUCCUGCCGAGCUGCGCAAUAUCAUCUACGAGCUGACCUUCACGACGGACUACGAUGACGACGAGAAAAUUCGUCAUUCGAGGACUUCGCGACAUAUCGACCUCAUCACUACGAAGCCGCCAAGCAAGAUGCUUCUCUGUACUUGCCGUCAGAUCUACGAUGAGGCGCAUCUGAUCCACAGAACUCAAUACCGCAAAUUCUGGUCAUCCGGCAAAUUCCUGCUAGACCUGGGACCAGCGAGAUCCGACAACGGCUACACCGUCCGGCUGAGACCAGACGUUGACCACGUAAACAGCUUGCAAAUAGAAUAUAUGGCGAUGGGCUUUAUAAUGUUCGACAAAAGGGGUCACUGA